GGGCCGGUGAGCUGCGGUGGCUCCGGGCGAGCGAGGCGGGCAGCGCCGGGUCCCGCCCGCUCCGGGAGGAAGGGGCCGGGCGGGAUCCACCUGCGGGCACCUGCCCCUGCCCCUGCCCCGACCGUGACUCCUCCCCGCCCGCUCCCGGCUCCCUCCGCCGCCUGCCUUCCAUCCCCUGCCGAGCCCCAGAGAACAAGGAACAGAAAUAUAUCCUCCUGUGAUUUAUUUGUCCCCAAGUCUGGGCAGAGCUGCACUUCCUGACUGCUCUGAAGAGCUGGGCAAGGAUGGAGGGGACAUAAAGCCAGGCAGGAGUCCUGGAGCCUUAGUCACCAGUCUGAUGGACUUUCAGUUCACACUUGACUCCCCGACACUUGAAUUGUUUCUGUACUGUUGACAAAGGAAAAAUGACCUCUACCCUAGCCGCCCCUCAGGGUCCACCACCGCCAUACUACGAGAACAGGGGCUUCCAGGCAGAGCCCCCGUGCGCCGCCGGGCCGGCGGCAGGUGCUAACCCCUACCCGCAGCUCUUCGCCGCCGGCGCUCCCUCCGUGCCAACCUACGUGCCCAGGGUGGCCACCCACCAGUCCACCAGGCCCGUGGCACCCCCGCCCAGGAGAUCGUAUGCAGCCACUCUAAGGAAAACCAUAAUAAUAUUGUUAUCUGUGCUAAUAGUCAUUUGUUGUGCAAUUGCCGCUUUCUUCAUCUGGUAUUUUGCCUCGUGGCUGUGUUCCUCUCCCCCUGCAGUAGAGAACCACUGUCUGAGCUCCCUGAUCGACUGUGGAUCCUCAGGGGUGUGCAUACCCCCGUCCCAGUGGUGUGAUGGAGUGAGCGACUGCCCCAACGGCGAGGACGAGACCCGCUGUGUUAGACUUUUUGGACCAAAUUUUAUCCUGGAAGUUUAUUCACCUGUCAGCAAAUCCUGGUACCCUGUUUGCCAAGAUGACUGGACUGACGAUUAUGGGAAGAUUGCAUGCAAAGACAUGGGCUACAGCGUAGACACGUAUUUCUACAGCCGUGGGGUAGCACCUGAAGUCAGCUUUAAGAGCUACAUGAAGCUGAACACAAGUGCUGGGAAUAUAGACUUGUACAAAAAGCUCUACACCAGUGGUUCCUGUGCCUCAGGAAACGUGGUUUCUCUGCGUUGCAUAGAGUGUGGCCUGGCCAGCAAGAGCGCCAGCACCAUGAACAGGAUCGUGGGUGGCAGUGGGGCUGUGCUGGGGCAGUGGCCCUGGCAGGUCAGCCUGCACGUGCAGGGCACCCACGUCUGCGGGGGCUCCAUCAUCACCCGCCACUGGAUUGUCACAGCGGCGCACUGCGUGGAAGGGAGACUUUCUGACCCACACAACUGGAGGGUUUAUGCUGGGAUUCUGAAUCAGGAUGAGAUGCUCUUUAGAAAUGGAUACAGAGUGCAAUUGAUAAUCUCCCAUCCAGAUUAUGACACAGACUCUAAAGACAAUGAUGUUGCCCUUAUGAAGCUGGAGACACCUCUGAGUUUUACUGAAAAUGUGAGGCCAGUUUGUCUGCCCAAUCCAGGAAUGAUGUUCCAGCCUAACCAGCAGUGCUGGAUAUCAGGGUGGGGAGCAGAGUACCAAGGAGGUAAAACAUCAAAUAACUUGAAUUUCGUUGCGGUGCCCUUAAUAGAACGUUCGAGGUGUAAUGCUGUUUAUAUCUACAACGGCAUGAUUCUGCCUACAAUGAUCUGUGCUGGAGACCUAGCAGGGGGAAUUGACUCCUGCCAGGGUGACAGUGGAGGUCCUCUGGUGACCCACCACCACUCUGUGUGGUGGCUGGUUGGAGACACCAGCUGGGGCACUGGCUGUGCCACUCCCAACAAGCCUGGAGUGUACGGGAAUAUGACCGUGUUUACAGACUGGAUUUAUAAAAAUAUGCAGGCAAACAGAUGACAACACUCUCCUUGCUAAUGGAUGUUCCCGAGGACAAGAAUAAAUGAAGCCAUGGGGGCCUGGGAUAUUUAUUCACUUUGUGGUUGAUUUUAUUUUUCCUCUUUGAUUUUUCUUUUUAAAAGUAACAUGAAGGAUUGCACACUUGGCUCUGUGCUGGCUACAGUGAUGGAUCUUAAUCAGUGAAGGAUUAUCACAGUGAGCACCUUUCUUCUCCUUGUGGUGCCUGGAGGAGUCAUUCUGUCUACUGCUUGCUGAAAUGUCUCUCUUAUGUUGAGUAACUUUCACCUGAUGAUCAGGCUUAUAAUGACAAUUUAAAUCACAAUUUAAUUCCAGAUUUUCGUAGCAGGAUGCUGAGACAGUUGGUUUAGUAGUUUUUAAAUUAAAUGUUAAGUAAUGUGAAUGUUGAAUCUCCGAGCUGCUGGUUGGCAAUUUAAAAAGAAUUUUUUUUUUAGUAGAAUUAUAAAAUGGUUUGGGUUGGAAGGGACCUUAAGGAUCAUCCAGUUCCAACCCCACUGCCAUGGGCAGGGACACCUUCCACUAUCCCAGGUUGCUCAGAGCCCCAUCCAGCCUGGCAUUAAACACUUCCAGGGCUGGACCAUCCUCAGCUUCCCUGGGCAACCUGUUCCAGUGCCUUACCACCCUCAGAGGGAAGAAUUUCUCUCUAAAAUCUAAUAUAAAUGUGUCCUCUUUCAGUCUGAUGUCACUACCCCUUGUCCUCUCACUCCAUGUCCUUGUCCAAAGCUCUCUUGUAGGCUCAUUAGGGACUGGAGAAGGUGCUGAGGUCUCCCCAGAGCCUUCUCCAGGCUAAGCAACCCCAGCUCAGCCUGUUUCUGUUUCUACAGCAGGGAUGCUGCAGCCCUUGGAACACCUCUGGAUUCACUCCAACAGGUCCCUGUUGGAGAUCCCAGAGCUGGAUGCAGCAUUCCAGGCAGGGUCUCAGGAGAGCAGAGGGUGAGGGAUAGAUAUGAAGGGAAUUUUUCAUGCACUACAGCACAGGCACAGAAAAUUAUAAAAAACCAAACAUCCUGUACAUUCAGGUAGUUAAAAAUCCUCAGGAUCUCGACACAGCCGUCAAUCAGAGUCAGACUGCUGCAGUCUGGCUGCCUCAGAGCUUACAGAAAGGGCUGUCCUGCCUCAAGCUGCUCUGAACCCCAAAUGGGCUCUUUGUCCACGUGGGAUUUACAGAGGGAUGCCCAGGAUAAGGAUGCCUGGACAGGGAUGCCCCAGAGCUGCAGCAGGAGGAGUCUCAGUGCUGAGAUCCCCAGCUGAGCACACUGAAGGUGAUUUUUGACCUGUCCCUGCUGUGAAAGGCAAAGGGGAAACAUUUCCAGGCAGGCUGUGCUGCACCUCGAGCUGCAGACACACACACACACACAGACUGGAUGUUUUGUACAAGGAAACACAAAGCUGCGUUUCUGCGGGACGAGAUGAACUACCUCAUUUGUUAAAUUUGGCUUCUGAUUCCUUAGAGCUCUCCUUUGUGUAUCCACCUGUAUGUUUUUUAGCAAAAUGUAAUUCGUAUCCGAGUGCCACCUGAAUGAGGAUUUGGAAGAUAAUUUAUAAUCGUGGUAGAGGAUCAAAAAGCCAUAUCAAGUCACUUUGUUAAGAAGGAUAAAUCUUUAUUGAAUGAAAUGACUCCUCUAGUCUUGUUUUCUCUUUUGGUACUGAAAUGCAAUUAUCUUAUAUGUAAACACUGCACCAAAUAAAUUGGUUUUGUUUUUUUUU